AUGCCUGCUGACCAACUCCUCUUAGAACAUCACAGUCAGAAUGCACAAUGGAGGAAGGAGGGCGAGAACGGGAAGUACGAAGAGUUUAAGGAGGAGUGGUUCACUCAACCUUUAAACCAUUUCUCACCUGAACACGCAAACACGACAUUUGAACAGCGCUAUUGGGUCAACAGCCGUCAUUACAAAGCCGGAGGCCCUGUCAUUAUUCUCGACGGGGGCGAGACUUCCGGGGAAGACCGGCUUCCGUUUCUUGACACGGGAAUAGUUGACAUAUUAGCCAAAGCGACGCACGGGCUUGGAAUUGUUCUAGAACAUCGUUAUUACGGGAAGUCCAUCCCCGUCCAGAACUUUUCCACAGACGCUCUUCGAUUCUUGAAUAAUGCUCAGUCAUUACAAGAUUCUGCCCAAUUCAUCUCAAAUUUCCAAUGGGAAGGAGUGGGCCUUUCAGGGUCCAAGAAUGGGACAAAAUGGAUAUACUAUGGAGGUAGCUAUGCAGGGGCGAGGGCUGCGCAUAUGCGGGUGCUUUAUCCCAACAUUGUAUGGGGCUCCAUUGCCUCUAGCGCCGUCACGCAUGCUGCGAUUGACUAUUGGGAGUACAACGAGGCUAUCCGCCUGACGGCUAAUCAGACGUGUAUUAGACUCCUCGUUUCUUCGGUAGAAUACAUUGACACCUUGUUAUCGUCACACGUACCAUUCGUGUCAAGAAAUCUCAAAGCGUUGUUUGGCCUGGACGCUCUCGAUACGGAAGAUUUUGCUUCGGUUCUAUCGGAGCCUUUGGGCUAUGUCCAGAUGCAGAACUGGGACCAUCCAUCUGGAAGCGGAGGAAGCGAAGGCGAUCCUGAUGGCGAGGGGGUUUCAUUAUGGAGUAGGUUUUGUGGCAUAUUAGGCGAGGGGAAUGGUGUUAGGAGCAAAUGGGCUUGGGUUCGCAGGAGAGCCGCGACUCAUAACUAUGCGAAAUGGAUCAAAGAGGAGAUCGUUUCUAAUUGCGCUGAUGGGAAUGUGACACGCUGUUUCGGAACCUCGGACGCUUCGAAAUAUCGAUCCACUGAUCUUCAACAUACUUGGCGUGCGUGGGUUUGGCAGGUUUGUAAUGAAUGGGGAUAUUUUAUCGGAGCGCCACCAGACCCAUUGUAUCCUCGAAUCGUCUCAAAGUACUUGACCCUUGAUUAUACAUCUCAAAUAUGUCGACAGGCUUUUCCUGAUGGCCAAUGGGCUCGAGUCCCUGAGUGGCCGAAUGUCACAGCAGUGAACGUUCUUGGAGACUACAACCUAGCUGAGGAUCGACUUGCCUUCGUCGACGGAGAUGAGGACCCCUGGAGGCCCGCGACGCCUCACAGCUGGCAUGCCACACCGAGGAGAGAUUCGAUCGUCCGCCCUUUCAAGAUCAUUCACUCAGCGGUCCAUCACUAUGAUGAAAACGGACUCAGGGACCAUAGCAAAGAGCCAAAACGCAUUCAGACAAUCCACGAGCAGGAGGUUAAGUUUGUGAAGAGCUGGCUCGAGAUGGCAUAA